AUGGCCGUCGAAGAACUAGCUUCUGACACCAUCCUCAUUGUUGGCGGUGGCCCCGUGGGACUCAUACUGGCCACAACACUAGCGCAUCAUGGAGUCAAGAGCGUCUUGAUCGAGAGCAACCUGGCGACGACGCGCUGGCCAAAGAUGGAUUUGACGAUCGCACGGAGCAUGGAGAUCUUUCGCUGCCUGGGCAUUGCAGAUGGUCUGCGUCAGCGAGGGGUGCCGUCUCAUUUCCCAUUCACCUGCCUUUUCUCGAGCGGCCUUAAUGCCGACAAAGCUAUCACUUCCUCAGAUUUCCGCAACCAACGACGCACCAUGCCAUUGGAGCCCUGGCAGCGCGUCUCGCAGGAGGUGUUUGAGACUUGGAUGAAGGAACUGGGUGAGGAGAACCCGAUGGUAGACCUCAGGUUUGGAUGGAAGGCCACAAGCGCUCGAGAGCUCGAUGACUGCGCCGAAGUCCAGGUCACUGACGUUCGUCCUGGGACGGAGCGGACAAUCCGGAGUCCAUAUGGUGUUGGAUGUGAUGGUGCCAAUAGUGUGAUGCGAAAUAGCCUGGGGAUCGAAAUAGAUGGAGGGCCAAUGUAG